AUGAUGCCUCUCUCCAAUGGCGCUUUCUUCGGUGAACCGCUCCCACUUUGCUCCACACUUACCAGUCUUUACGGACAGUAUCUCGAGAACCAGCGGGCGUACUUACCCGGCAUGUGCUACCCAUCGUCCAACUUCGGUGGACAGGGUUACUCGUUCAGCGUCCUCUCCGAACUGGACAAACGGGAACAACACCAAAAGCCACCUUAUUCGUACAUCGCCCUUAUUGCGAUGGCGAUCAAGAACGCCCCCGACCGAAAGAUAACUCUGAAUGGUAUUUACCAGUUCAUCAUGGAGCGCUUCCCCUAUUACCACGACAACAAACAAGGCUGGCAAAACUCUAUCCGCCACAAUUUGAGCCUCAACGAUUGUUUCGUGAAGGUCCCGCGCGAAAAGGGAAAGCCUGGAAAAGGCAACUAUUGGACGUUAGAUUUAAACUGUGAAGAGAUGUUUGAAAACGGAAAUUACCGUCGCCGAAAAAGGCGCGUAAAGACGUGUAUCAAGCAUCCGGCACAGCACACGCCUUCGCGGCAUUCUCUCUCUGCUCCUGAGCAACUGCCAAAAAUGGAACAAGCCUGCGACGUUCUGACCUCCCCUUCCUCUUCGAGGUCAUCUUCUUCGCCUGUGUCAACGUCUCCAUCACUUUCGUUGCUAAGAAACGGUCAUAAGUGGCCAAUCAAUUCGCUAGGUCCGAUUUCGGAUCGGUUUGAAACGGAUAUUGAACAAGAAAAUAAAAAGAUGGCGUUGGCUUUGUCCGUUAUGAGGUCCUCUUCAGCAGGGCCCGCUUUCGUGCCUUCCAGCUGUGUCUCUGUUCCGAUCUCGAUUUCUGACAGUGAUAUAUCGUGUUCCUCGCAGACAGCGUCCUCUCUUUCUUUGUCUUCCGCAACACUCGGUCAAUCGUCACCAUUCUUACGACUUGAGGUUUCAACCCACCUUACUGGUCAUCAUCAGUACUUAAAGAGAAAUAGCAGCAACACCAAAAACGGAGAUAAUAGUAAUGUUAUUACAAAUAAUGAUGGUCUUCAGGAAUUAGAAAAACAGCCACAAGUUAAAAAAGAGUCAGAAGAAUGGCCGAAAUCGACGGACGAGAAAGUGCCUUCUUUGUAUUUGCCUGCUUCAGCAAUUAACAACUCCCAUCCAGGCACAUCGGCACCAGACUCCCUCUCCCCGACGGAGAGAAACUCUGGGGUCCGCAAUAACAGCCAAACUCCGCAAAGCACGUCCUCUGCAAAAUGCGCGGAGUCGAACAGACAUUUUGGGUGGGAAAACGACCAGCAACAGGAUGAGAUCAUUGAUAAAAGACGUGAUGAUCAGGAAGAGAAUGAACAGCACGCAAGGGAAAAGUUCACAAAUUCAUGUUCUUCUCCUCCCAGAGAAUCUUGCUGCCAAGAGAAAAGCAGUCAGAAGUCCUUGCCCAAUUCCCUGACCGAACAUUCCCUGCUGCCUGUGACAGCAGACAAUUCAAACAUAGACCAAGAUUUAACCCACUUUGAAACAUUCAAUCCCCUCAACGAAGAACACCGGCAUUCGUGCACCACUCGCGCACCUAUAUGUGCAGCAAGUUCGAUUGCAGCCGGACGAGCCGAAACGGUAGCCGGAAGUUGCAAUGGAGACGCUUGUGUCUCACGAGAAAAUAAGAUCUUCAAAAAGUUUAGCAUCGACAGCAUCAUGAGUAGAGAUUCCGAUCACGAAACGCUGAAUGAGAAAAUGAAAGCGAAAGUAGACUGUUCAGGAUGUCAAAAAUGUAAUGAACUUAGCUGCCACAGAGACGACGCUCAUACCGUCCCGUCAGAAAAUCACUGCUCUGAAGAUCCCGGGGAGGGUGUCUCUUCGGAUUGCGUACUUCAGAAGCAGAGACCCGAGCUCAGCGAGACUUCGCCAUUCAAGCAAGAACGCGUGGUAAGCGAAAACGGGUGUGCCGAUGAGAGGCGAGAAAUUGCGCCAGUUAAUACCAAUAAGAAGAAAAAGACCAGAAGCCAAGAAGAGGUGGAAAACGAUGCAACUCAAUCUGCUGCAUCAGCGAGUUCAAGUUCGUGUACCCGAGAAACGACGACAGCAAAAAGAUCGGACAUUUUCGAUAAAAUACCCAGCCCUCCGCCGAAGGUCAUCGAUUUAACUCUGCCGAAAUCUCCCAAGUUUGCCUCACGCCUCGCUGCGGAUCUGGCCGCCGUAAGUGGCCGGGCACCGCCUUACGACAUAUCCUCAGCCUUUACAAUUUCUCCGAGUUUACCCUUGUCCUUGCAACACCCGUCAGCGGGAUUCGGAUUCGCUCCUGCCUCGGCCAUGUGUUCGCCUAUCGACCGGAUGUUAGCCCUCAGGGCUUGCCAAACACAAGCUCUUCACCCUGGACUACAAAUCGGAACCAGUGGCGCACAUACCGGAAGCGCGUUUAACAAUUUAACUCCACUUCUUUUUCAGUAUUCAACGGCAGCAGCUGCAGCCGCUGCCGCUGCAGCUACUGUCAAUCCCACGUUGGUUGGUAGUUCAUCAUAUCCACUGAACCCAUUUGGACUUCCUCUGUCUUUGGAUGCUAAAAAUUGGACGUUCGGGCAAGAGUUUCUUCGGACAAACAGCCAACCGUGA